AUGAUGUACGGCUCGCGGGACUAUCAUUACAGCCUCACGAGGGUGAAGGCCAGCAUUGAAAAUGUUCAUGCGACCACCCUGCUCGAUGCCAUGGUUCCCGUCUUUGUCCUUACGAUUCUGCAGGAUUCCUUCUUUGCUUGUGCUUGUCGUUACUUCUUCGCUCUUUGCUUAUCCGCCAUCAUGAGGACAAUCCAGGUUUAUCGGGGUUUCUGGAUCAAUCACAAAUACAGGGUUUUCCUGGGUCUUACCCUGACGACGUCUCGAAGCCAAGCAGUGGUCCUUAUCGCCUUCUUUCCCCUCUUCAUUGCCUUUGCGGGAAGUGAACUUUGGCGAAUAAUCAGCUACAUAGUACAUCAAACUCGAGAACCUCUGCAUCCGAGACAUGAUAUUCAUCAACAGCAACAAGUCCUGCUACGCAACACGGAGUCGCCUUCCCGAGCGGCGUGGGACUACCUAGAGCUUGCGCUUGCUUGCAGGGGUAGGGUCAAAUGGGCCUUGAUGAGAAGCUUGUUUAUUGUCUGUUUGGCUACUGUUUAUGCAGUUGCGCUCGUUGCCGGAGGCCUGCUCUCCUCAAAUCUUGCAACCCAGUCGACAGAAGUUCUCGUCAGCAGCCCGAAUUGUGGAGAUUCGAUGAUCAUUCCUCAAGAAGCCCCUGGCCCUGUUGAUGACUACUGGAGGCAGAAAAUUCAAUACAAUGAUGUCGAAGGUUAUCGUGCCGUGGUCACGGCGAAGUCGUAUGCCGAGACCUGCUACGGUGCAACAGCAGACAUCGAAGCCACUGGUUGCAAGGAGUUCACUCACCGAGAUCUCUCUGACAAAACCACCGUUACUGAAAUCCCGUGUCCAUUUGCUGACGACAUUUGCCAAACUUCGGGAGUCCUGCUUGAUUCCGGCAUCCUUGAUUCUCGCUUCGACAUGGGUAUCAACACUCCGAAGGCCGACUCAAUUGGCUUCCGGAGCCAGGCAGCCUGUGCCGUUCUGAAGCAAGACGGCUAUGUUAGUGACUGGCAAUCUGAUCCUAUUGGACCGGUCUUGCAACAAGGCCCUGGGGGCGAACCACGCAGCUAUGUUGCUGGUGAUAAGUAUAAGUACUUCUUUUACGGCAAUGUCCACCCGGGUCCGGUUGGUGCCAAUUUCACCUACUACUACAGCAAUUUCUCCCGAUCAGAUUCGGUCCAGCCUUACGUCCUCUGGAUGUUUAGGUGGCCGACGUACCUGACGCGGGUUGGUUACUCGCCGAUUCCAGCUCUUAACAAUACAAGUGGAGACGUUUCCCUUAUCUUUCUCGAGAACAGAGCACUCUAUUCUUCGCCGGUCUACGACCCCUACUUUGAAGCAACCGAAAACGUGUCAGACCACCUGCGAGACUUCCUCAAGGACUCGUACUCUGCUGAGUUGUAG